AUGGCCAUUCACAAGCUCCUGUUGAAGGUCGUCCUACUCCGUUGUGACCCAUACCAUUUUGUCCUGACAGAUAUUACCAGCAGCCUUGUCAGCAUUGACAUUGGGAAAUGUCAUUCUCACUGUGGUAACCGUCAGAGAUCAGAAAACUACAACUCCGAAUUUCUAGGAUUUCCUACGCAUUUCUCAGUGCUGGAACAACUCCAAGCUAACGAGCUAGUGCAGGUGAGAGUCGAGGGGGUUUUGCUGCUUAAUGGAGUCCGAGAGCUGGAGGUGGUUGGAGAGUGUCAGUGCAAUACCAGACCGACGGCAUGCGUUCAAUCACUCCUUCUGAAAACAUAUUCACCUGACAGUCCACUAGAGGUCACUGUAGAUGUGGGCAAGUGCUCCAACCCAAGAGCUUCAGUUAUUUCCCUGCAUUGGUUAGCUAUUAGUGAACGAAUAAAGAAUGGCCUUGAGACGUUUCCAAGCAUUUACGGGCACCAUAGGAAAGAUAAGAGCCAAUUUGCUGGGGACAGUUCCAGUCCCCAGGUCAGCAUGUAUGCAAGAAGUGUAACCAGCUACCGCUCCCGGAAGCUCGAGUUUCAGAGCUGGAGCAGUGGCUGGGGACACUGUGGAGCAUCCGCAAGGCAGACAGUAUCGUGGAUAGCACGUGGCUUGGGAUGUGUACCCACCAAAUUUGAAACAGUUGUGUUGGAGAAUCCGAAUGGAUUAGAGCUUAUUCAAACUGUGGAAUUGUGUGAGGUGAGACAGAACUGUUCCAGACUGCCCCAUGUGGAGUAUUACUAUGUGAUCAGCAUUAACUCCAGCGGUGAGAAGGAAGAGGGCCUCAAGGAAAUCGAUGUUGGCAGAUGUUUCGGAGUGUGUACUGCAGGAAAUGGCUACUGGAAUUCUCAGAAGGACCAGUGCUUGAUUUGUGAAGACAGCUCAUCAAAUGGUUGUUCCCCUCAGGAAUAUGAAACUCUCGCAUUCAGGAGCUGACAUGGAAAGUUCAUCAAAUCCUGCAAAUGCCAUGGGACAAAAUAA